ACCUUCCAAGAGAAUUCAACUAAAUUUCACUUCUCUCAAUAAAUUGGUUUUCGUGUAUUUAUCAAUUCGUCUCUUUGUGGAUGGUGCGGAGGAAUACCUAAUGCAACCAACCGCUUGGUAUUAUCUGGAGUAUCUUGGGAAAUCACAUGCGUUCCUUAGCUUAACUCUAGCAGCUUUCCAAACAGCAUCCGUGCUCUUUGCACCAUUUUUCGGAAUAUUUGAGGAAAAAUUUCAAGCUUCGAAGGCAAUCGUUCUCGUGUGUGGUCUAACAAAGUUUUUUGGCAAUUUACUAUAUUCAAUUCCUAUCAACGGAUACUUCCCUUUGUUUGGAAGAUUCAUAAGUGGGAUAGGUGAAGCUACUAUAGGCGUUCUUUACGGAGCAGUGACAAAGUGCACCACAAAUAAGAAUCGAGCGAAGGCUUUCCUAUAUUUUGAAGGUCUCUUUAGUCUUGGUUCAAUAUUGGGGCCUACGAUCGGCAGUCUUCUCAUAUUCAACGUGACCAUACUUGGUUGGAAAAUCAACGCGGGAAAUUCACCAGGGGUAGUACUGGCAAUUGUUUGGUUCUUUUUGCUCGUCCUAACAAUAUUUUUGCCAAGUAACUUGGCUGAAAACUCGAAAGGAAAUCAGUUCGAUUCAGACACUGACAGUGACGAAAACAACAACGACGAAACUGUUGGGACAGAAGACAACACCAAUUGUAUUUUGUCGAGCGUGUGUUGCAUAUAUUAUCUCGUGUUUCUGCAUGUGGUUGUCACGGCUGUGAUUUUAUUCUACACUCCAUUGCUAGCUGCACACCACCUUGGACUGAGACUCACUCACGUGAAAUUAAUUUAUGUAAACAAUUCAUUGGCUGUCUUCAUUUUAUUCAUCGCUUCGUAUCUCUUACAGGACAAAGUCAGCGAAAAGAAGUGUCUUUUUGUCAUAAUUAUCUCAGCAAUCGUUCCGAUAUCAAUCACGUUUUAUUUUGCUCUUAUGUGGAACGAAGCGAUCACAAUUAAUGCGACCUAUCUGCUCCUUUUGUCCAUGGUUAUUGCAAGUGGUGAAUUUAUGAAUUUCUCCUUAACCUGUUCGAUGUUGUCAAAAAUAACGCCGGCGAAUAGCGCCCCGUUUUAUCAAAGUCUGGGAUUUGCUAGCUUAAAUCUCGGCAUAAUUGUUGGACGUGUACUGGCUGGUGCUACAUUCAGCAAAAUACCAAUGAUGUACAAUUGCGUUGGUCUGGCAAUGGCCUGGGCAUUUGGAGUUAUAUGGAUGGCUGUUGAAUACAAAAACUUUCCACCAAAAGCAUCAGUUGGUAAAUGA